AUGCAGAAUUAUGUUUAUGACAUAGAUUCGAUUAGGGGACUCAAUCUUUCAUUAAAGGUGCCUUUGAGUCUCUUCGCAUAUCUGGUGGACGAGAUUUACAAAUUCACACUCUCAUACUAAAGUGCCUUUUCACUUUAAUCAAUGCUCCAGAUAUUUUAGCGAGAGUCUGUGGCUUUGGAGAUUGCAGAGGCUGAGUUUUGUAUCAAUAGUUAUGUUUACUUAAUUCGAUUCGUGCAAAAGAAUAAUAUCUCUGCAGAACAUUUAAGUAAAUGGAUCAAGGAGAAUACUCUUGUAUAGGAUGAUCAUAGGGAAUACCUAGUGAAGGUGUUGUAAGGCUUUGAUCCAGAGGCAGUCAAGAAGGUAUUGAGUUUAGGCAAGUUGAAAGAGUUGAAAUGGACAGUCAAUUAAUACAAUGGAGAUGUCAAAUACCCUAAUUUGAAGAAGCUGUACAUCUUAUUAGAAUUCCAUAUCCAAGAUGAGAAGGGCAAUCUACAAAAAUAAAUUAUUAACUUGACCAUCUAGGAAUUCAAAAUGCUUCAGAUGGAAUUCAAGGAAAUUGGUGAUAUUUUGAGAAGUUUUAUGUGAUAUUUUUACACUAAUUAUGGAAGUAUAUUAUAUUUGUCCAUUCAUAAAUAACAAUUACUUUUAUAUAGU